AUGUCCUGUCCACUGAAUAUCCAAUAUAAGUCCUGUGGCUCAGCCUGCCCUGCCACGUGUAAGGACCCAUUCAGUUCAAGACCCUGCACCCUAGCUUGUGUGGAGACCUGCUAGUGUGACCCAGGUUUCAUCCUGGAUGGUGACACCUGCGUGCCCUUGUCCCAGUGUGGCUGCACUCACAACGGCUACCAUUACCACGGCUACCAGACAUUCUGGUCUGAUGAGGGAUGCAAUGUUCAGUGUGUUUGUGACCCCUACACUCACCAGACACAGUGCCAUUUGAAUUUGUGUGGCCCAGAUGAUAAAGUCAGAAGCUGCAGUGUGCAGUCACAGCAGACAUGCAUGUACACUAGUCAUCACAUAGUCGCCUUUGACCAGCAUGACUAUGACUUGAAUGGCACCUGUCAGUACGAGUUGCUGAGCACUGGACAGAAACGAGGCCUCGAUGUCAUCCAGGUUUGCGUAAAGACAGAGGCACACCUAGAGUCACUGUAUGUCCUGGUCAAAGUGUGUGUGUGCUUGUGGAGAUGAAAAAACACUGAGAGCAUAGAGGUUGAUGUAGUCAAGAGGAGCAUGCCCUAUCACUUCAGCCCUACUGCACUGGCUUUCUCUUUGGUGCUGCACACUUACAUCUGCACAGAUAUGGGCUUCAAAUUGAGUUUUAGCAAAGAGGGCAUAGUUGGAAUUAGUCUCUCCAGUAAAAAUGAUAAUGCUACUUGUGGCCUGUGUGGUAACUUCAACUCUGAUCCCGAGGAGUACCUCACAGCAAAUAGCCCAAAGGAGGGUCUCAGUCCCGAGCAUUUUGGAAAGGCUUGGAGAAGAGGGCAGCCUGCUUGGUGUGUGGAGGGCUGUCUAGCUCUCAAAUGUUCAUCUGAGCGUCUGGCCCGCUUCUCUCACCCAGAGGCUUGCGGGAAGAUUUUGGAAGUCAAUGGACCAUUUAGACACUGUCAUGGCAAAAUGGACCCCUCCAGCUCUUACAAGCGUUGCGUCAGUGACCUGUGGCUUCAUGGAGGUCUCCAGCCUGCACUGUGUCACUCCCUGGCAGAGUAGACUGCCGUCUGCCUUUCCCACAAGGCUACAGUUUAUGCAUGGAGGAGUUCUGGAUUCUACUACUUGUUCUGCCCCUCCAGUACCAGUUAUAACAUGAGUUCUGUCUCGGUUCACCUCUGCCUCGGCUGGCAGAAUAACACAGUAGAGAUGCCUCCAAACUUCGAGGACAACUGCCUCUUUGAAGCAGGUUUAGUUCACAGUGGCAACCUUGAAAGCUGUGGCUGCUUUCACCACGGAGAAUACCUCACGGCAGGAGAGGAGGUGUCUACAUGUGAGAAAAGCUGUUGAUGUCAUGCUGGGGGACACAUGGCUUGCUGUAAUGUCUCCUGUGGAGUGAAGGAGUGUAAGCUUACUAGGGGUGUUCAAGGUUGAAGCCCACAAGUGGCACAGUGCUCUGUUGAUGGAUCCCAAUACACCACGUUUGAUGGGCAGGCAUUUGAAUUUCAUGGUUCAUGUAACUACACCUUGGUGCAGACGUGCCUUAAUAAACUGGAUGCGGAGUAUGUUUUGAUAGCUGCACAAGGCAACCACAGGGAGGGCAGGCAGAUCUACUUGGAGGUAGAUAAAUUGUAUUUUAAGACGUCGACAGCCUUUCCUGGAAAAAUGGAGGUAAAUGGAGUUUACAAGAACCUGCCGUUCGCCGAGAGAAACGUAACUCUACAUAAAAAUAACAUCAAGACCCCACAAUCAGUUGAGCUUAUAUCAGACCUGCAAAACCACAUUAUGGGCCAGAUCCCUGACAUCUACCGCCAGACAACAUGUGGUCUUUGUAGGAACUCCAAUGAUAAUCCCUCAGAUUUGCUGCAGCUACCCAAUGGCACCAUGAUCUCUGAUCCUGACAUCGUUGGGUCAUCAUGGAAGUUGUUUGAUAGUGAAGCAUCCUGCAGUGACGGCAUCUGUCAACUUUGCUACUCCCCCAUCCCCAAAUACACUUCUGAGCAGUACUGUGGCUUUCUCACCCAUCCUGGGGGACCUUUCUCCCCCUGUCACCAUUUAGUGUUCCCACAGAAAUACUACUCCUGCAUAGAAAACCAUUGCGUUGCAUAGGGCCAACGCUGGGCCCUGUGUGAUGCACUGUGGGCCUACGGUGCAGCAUGUAAGGAGGCGGGAGGGAUAGUCGACCUCUGGGCAAACGCCACAGGCUGUGCUUAUCAAUGUCCUGAAUUCAGCCACGACAGCCAGUGUGCCAGUGCGUGCUCCUCACUGUGUCCUGGCAUUAGCCGAGCAGUACAGUGCCCCACACGCUGUGAGGAAGGUUGCCAGUGUAAUACUGGACACCUUUAUGAUGGCAAAGCCUGUGUACCAGCACAGCAGUGUGGCUGCGUACAGGACGGGAGAAGGUUAAAGGUCAGAAGUAAGCCUCUGAGUGCAAACUGUGCUGUGAACUGCACCUGUGGGCCGCCUCUCGUCUGGGAGCAAUACUCAUGUCCUGCAGAGCACAGUUGUACAGUUUCAGGUGGAAUCAUUUUGCAAGAGAAAAUGCUUAAUGCUGGAGAAAGGGCCAUCAUCAGUCUCCCUACUGGUGUUGAGAUGUAUGGCAGCCAGAAGUCUCCCAACACGGUGCACAUUGAAGCCUCAGCAGAUGUGACUGUAACCUCUUUCAACUACAAGAUGUACACAGCAGAUACCUCUGUGGUGUAUCCGGUUACUGAAUGGGGUACAGAAUAUUUCAUCUUCACACCUGCCGGGACUCCCAGAGGCUCCUAUAAAGAGUUCUCUGUGACAAACGGAAACCAGAGCAACAAAGUGGACAUUUUCCCAACCGGCUCCAUCAAGUUCCAGGGCCGUCUCUAUGGGAGUGGCAGCCCAAUGGUGAUAGAUCUCCAGCCGUAUGAGAGCGUCCAGCUCCAGAGCGUGGAUGAACUCUCUGGCACGAGAGUUGCCUCCCAGCACCCUGUUGCUGUUGUCACGGGUCACACGUGCACCUGGCGCUUCGCCAAAUGUAACCACGUAUGUGAGCAGCUGCUGCCAGUUAGCAGGUGGGGAUCCAGCUUCAUCGUGCCUCCACUGACCUUCCAGAAGAAAUUUGACAGCGUCUUCCUCCAGGCCUCCCAGCCCACACAGGUCACUGUCCAACAAGGCAACCGUGAAGAUGUUUUGACUUUGACUCGGGGGCAAGUAUUGGAGAUCAAGUACCACAAUCCUGAAACACUGUCCAUUAAGGCUGAUCAUGGCAUCCAGGUUCUCAUGCUCUUCAACGGUGUCACACGGAACUGGCUCCAAUACUACGAUCCUUUCUUGAUGACCAUCCUGCCCACAGACCGCUUCUGCUCCUCUUACUCACUGGAGGCUCUGGAAGGCUUUGAAAACCAUGCCCUGAUUGUGGCACAGACCAGUGCGGUGGCAGAGCUACGUUUUGAUGGUACAAACAUGCCCCGUGACGUCCAGUGGCAAAAGGUGGCAGGGACCGAUUUCUCUUGGGCAGAUAUGUCCUACAAACAAAAGCCUGGCAACAAUAAACACACUGUGUCCAGCUCUGGCGGCGGCUUUGCACUCUACAGUAUAGGAGUCAGCCAGAUGAAUGGUUAUGGUUCCCUAGGACAAUGUAUACAGCCAGGAAGUGGAUCUUUGUCCUGCAGCAGUAUCACCUGCAGUGCCAAUGAGGUGUGUGAAGUGAAGGGCGGGUCUCCCUCCUGUGUCACCAAGGCAGUAAAAAAGAAGCCAGGCACCUGCUGGGCCAUGGGAGAUCCCCACUACCGCACCUUCGACGGGCAAAAAUUUAACUUCAUGGGUACCUGUACAUACGUUAUUGCUAAACACUGUGGGAAGGAUGAUCAUCUUCCAACCUUCGAGGUCCUCGCCCAAAAUGAGAACAGAGGUAACCUAAGGGUGUCCUAUGUUGCCGUGGUCACAGUGAAGGUGUAUGACGUCACUAUCACAGUAGUUCGGUCUGAGACGGGUCGUAUAAGGAUUGACAACGGUCUUUGGAGUUUGCCUGUGACCUUGAAGAACGACAAACUGACUAUGUUUCAGAGCGGUCGCUCUGUGGUCAUUGAGACUGAUUUUGGUCUGACUGUCCGUUAUGACUGGGAACACCAUCUCGUGGUCACUUUGUCCGGGUGUUACGCUGGAAAGACUUGUGGUCUCUGUGGCAACUUCAAUGACAACCCCAAUGAUGAUUUCACCACACCCUCCGGCACUCAGAUCGGGGGGGCUGAGGCCUUUGGGAGCAGCUGGAAGGUGCCAGGGCUGGUGGGAGAUGCAAAGUGCAGAGACGAGUGUGUGGGUGUGUGUGAGCGCUGUGAAAACAGCCUGAUGAAGAUGUGGGAGGGUGACUCGUUUUGUGGGCUGAUCACACUGAUAAUAAAUGGGCCAUUCAGUAAAUGUCAUGCCGCCAUUGACCCGCAAGCAUACCUGGAGAACUGUAAAUAUGAUGUAUGCAUGGGAGGCGGCCUUCGACAUUUCCUCUGCAGGGCACUGGAGGCUUAUACUGAAGCCUGCCAGAUUGCUGGGAUCCAGGUUCAAGAUUGGAGGAAGACAGCAAGAUGCUCUGCUAAGUGUCCAGCCAAUAGCCACUAUGAGCUUUGUGGCAAUGCUUGUCCUGCCACCUGUUCUGACCCUGAUGCUCCCUCCAAAUGCAAACGCCCCUGUGUGCAGACCUGCACCUGUAACGCAGGUUUUGUUUUGAGCGGAGGUCAGUGUGUGCCUACUGUUAAGUGUGGUUGUACCUACGAGGGUCGAAGCAUUCCUGCUGGGGAGUCAUUCUGGGCUGACCAGGGCUGUCGGCGAAGGUGUACAUGUGUUGCUCGGAGCAAACGUGUGGAGUGCCGGGAUAAAGCCUGCGGGGCAGGGCAGCAAUGCCAGGUUGUUGACGGCAUAAGAAAGUGCCAGGCAGUCUCCCACAGCACCUGUAAGGCCACAGGUGACCCCCAUUACGUGACCUUUGACAAGAGGAAGUUUAACUUCCAGGGCACUUGUGUGUACCAACUGGCUGCACUCUGCUCAAAGGACCCAGAGUUGGUUCCCUUUGAAGUGCUGGUGCAGAAUGAUCACCGGGGCAGCAAGGUGGUCUCCUUCACCAAGUUAGUGGAGAUCAAGGUGUACUCCCUCAGCAUUGUCAUUACAAAGACACACAAGGGCCUGAUUAUGGUGAAUAAUGAGCUGCUCAACCUGCCCAUCAAACUGGAUGGAGGAAGGGUAUCUGUGUAUAAGAGUGGAUGGUCCGCUUUGGUCACCACAGACUUUGGCCUCAAAGUAUCCUUCAACUGGCAAAGCGCAGUGUAUGUAACACUGCCAAGCGACUACAUGGGAGCCGUUUGUGGCCUCUGUGGCAACUACAACAGCAAACCCCAGGAUGACCUGAUUCCAAAAAAUGGGGAAAAACCCAUUUCGCCAGCAGAUUUUGGUCGGAGCUGGCAAGUGGCAGAGAUGCCAGGGUGUGUUGAAGGCUGUAAAGGGGUGUGUCCUGAUUGUGACAUUACCGAGAAGGUUCAAUAUGAAAAAGGCGAUUUCUGCGGCAUGUUGGAAGACCCCAAAGGGCCGUUCCGUGACUGCCAUGCCAAGGUGGACCCAGCUAGCUUUUUUGAAGACUGUGUGUACGAUGUAUGCUUGUAUAAGGGCAGCAAGAAUGUUCUGUGUCAGGCUAUUACAUCAUACACAUCUGCCUGCCAAGCUGUGGGGGCCAAGGUGUACAGCUGGAGGACCAGUCAGUUUUGUGCAGCGAAAUGUUCAGUCAACAGCCACUAUGAAGUGUGUGCAACCAGCUGUCCUGCCUCUUGCCAGAGUCUGACCCCUCCUCAAGGUUGCCCAGAUACGUGUGAAGAGGGCUGUUCCUGUGAUGAGGGGUACAUCCUCAGUGGAGAUCGCUGCGUUCCCUUCUCGCAGUGUGGCUGCGAAUACAAUGACCGUUACUACUCCAUUGGCCAAGUGUUUUAUCCCAAUGGGCAGUGUCAGGAGGAGUGCAAGUGCACACAAGAUGGCGAGGUUGAGUGCAAGAAGUUUAACUGUGGCCCUAACGAGAAGUGUAAAGUGGAGAACGGCAUCCAAAAAUGCCAUCCUAUUGGAAAAGGUGUAUGCCAGGCCUCCGGUGACCCCCAUUAUCGCUCUUUUGAUGGGCGAACAUUUGAUUUCCAGGGCACCUGCACCUACACACUCUCCAAGAGCUGUGGGCUGGAAGGCACCCACCUGGUGGCCUUUGCUGUUCAGGUGGAGAACGUGCGAUGGAACCAGAUGAUGAACAACAAAGUAGUGUCCGUCACCAAGCUGGUGGCUGUGGAGGUCUACGGCCUCACUCUCAUCAUGAGGAACACCAUGGAUGGAGUCCUGGUAAAUGGAGUGUUUAACCGCCUUCCUGUGAAUCGUAAAGAUGGAGCAGUGCAGGUCUAUAAAGAAGGCCGGCAUUAUGUAAUUGCAACAGAUUUUGGGCUCCUUGUCACUUAUGACCUGGUCUAUCAGGUGACCGUCACAGUACCUGGUAAUUACCGUGGUAAGGUCUGUGGGCUGUGUGGCAACUUCAACGGUGACAAGAAAGACGACUUCCAAAUGGCAAACCGUCAGCUCUCCAAUAACGUGAAUGUGUUUGGAAAGUCAUGGAAGGUCACCAUCCCUAAUGUGGUGUGUGAGAAUGGCUGCGAAGGGAAUAACUGUCCCCUAUGUGACCCGACUCGCAAGGCUGUGUUUUCAAAGUCCACUUACUGCGGCAUUGCUACAGCAACCAACGGCCCGUUUGCAGCCUGCCAUAGUAAACUGGACCCACAGCCGUACUUUGUUGACUGUGUGUUUGAUUUGUGCGCCUCUGAAGGCGAUGGCAAGGUGCUGUGCAACAGCAUAGCAGCCUACGCCUUCAACUGUCACAUGGCAGGAGUGGACGUCAAAAACUGGAGGACGCCUUCAUUCUGCCCCAUGAAAUGCCCGGCCAACAGUCACUAUGAGGUGUGUGCAGACCCCUGCUCUGCAUCCUGCGCAGGCCUCACAGAGAUUGUACAGUGCUCCACCAGCUGUAUAGAGGGCUGUGAAUGUGAUGCUGGCUUCUUAUUUAACGGACAGGCGUGUGUUCAAGAGACUGAGUGUGGCUGCUAUGACAACGGGAGUACGUACAAGCCUGGUGAAGUGGUGUAUGAGGAAGACUGUAACACAAAGUGCACCUGCAAUCCAGAGACCGGCCUCGUAUAUGAGAAACAUUCCUGCCCAAAAAGCACCAAAUGCAUGGUCAAGAAAGAAAUCAGGGCAUGCUACAACACAGAUCCCUGCAAAGAUGCCAAGUGUCGGGUCAAAGAGAAGUGCCGUGUUGUGAAGGGUGACGCUAUCUGCGUCCCCGAGUACACAGGCGUAUGCUGGGCCUGGGGUGACCCCCAUUACCACACAUUUGAUGGUUACAACUUUAACUUCCAGGGCACCUGCAAGUAUGUUAUCUCCAAGACCUGCGGGAAUCUGGAUGGUCUAGUGCCGUUCUCAGUCACUGAGAGGAAUGAUAACCGGGGAAACACAGCGGUUUCUUAUGUCAGGGAGGUAGAUGUGUCUGUGUAUGGGUACACCAUCACUAUCCGCAAGAACCAAGUUGGUCAAGUCACGGUGAACGGGGAGCUGUUGAAUCUUCCUGUGCGACUGGAUGAGGGUGAAGGGGAGGUGUCGGUGUUUCAGCGUGGUCACACUGCAGUGGUGGACACACACUUUGGCCUGGUUGUCUCCUAUGACUGGAACUGGAAGCUGGUCAUCAAGCUGCCCAGCAGCUACUACAGCAGUGUCUGUGGUCUGUGUGGCAACUUCAACGGUAUCAACCGCGAUGAGCUCCAGAAUCCGUCCGGCAAAGCGGUCUCCUCGGUAAUGGAGUGGGGCAAGAGCUGGCAAACGCCUGAACAGGACAAGGACCAUCCUUGCUGGGACACAUGUAAGAAAAACUGUCCUACCUGUGACGAUAAACAGAAAAAGCUCUACAAGACUGAAGCGCUCUGUGGGGGCCUCGUCGCCAAGGCCAAUAAUGUGUUCAAGAAAUGUCAUGAAAAAUUGGACCCCCAGGCCUUCAUGAACAACUGUGUGGAUGAUAUGUGUCUGAAUAAGGGAGACAAAAAGAUGCUGUGCCAGGCAUUUGCCUCUUACAGUCAGCAGUGUCGUGAGGAAGGAAUAGUAAUCAAGUCCUGGAGGAAAAUGUUUGGCUGCCCAAUGAGCUGUCAGCGUCACAGCCACUAUGAAGACUGUGCCUGUCCAUACCAGCCAUCUUGCCCAUUCCCUGAGCAAAAGAAGACCUGUAACGACGCCUGUGUGGAGGCCUGUGUGUGUGAUAAGGGUUACACCCUCAGCGCUGGUGUCUGUGUGCCAGCUAAAACGUGUGGUUGCUCCUAUCAGGGGCGUUACUACAAACCCGGUCAGCACUUUUGGGCCGACGAGGUUUGCGGUCGCCUAUGUGUGUGUGAUGCCACCCUGGGCAUGGUGACAUGCCGGGAGGCUUCCUGCUCCGCCAAGGAGACGUGCGCCGUAGUGGAUGGAGAGCGGGCCUGCCGACCCAUCAGUCACGCCACAUGCACAUCCUCAGGUGAUCCACACUACCGAAGUUUUGAUGGCCGCAAGUAUGACUUCCAGGGCACUUGUGUAUAUCAGCUGGCGGGUCUGUGCUCGCAGCAGCCGGGCCUCGAGCCAUUCAAUGUGACAGUGCAGAAUGACCACCGGGGAAGCAAGGCCGUGUCCUACACAAAGACUGUCACGAUUUCCAUAUAUGGCAUCACCCUCACCAUCAGCAGAGAAUACCCCUACAAGGUCCUGCUCAAUGGGCAGCUCGCUUCGCUACCACUGGAUUACAAUAAUGAGCUGGAUGUGUUUCACAGCGGCACGGCAGCCGUGGUAGAGACAGUUGCUGGUAUCACCGUGACCUUUGACUGGCGUAGCACAGUGAGCAUUACUCUGCCCAGCAACUACCAGGGCGCAGUCUGCGGCCUGUGUGGCAACUACAAUGGAAACGCUCAGGAUGAUCUGACCAUGCGGAACGGACAGACUGCCACAAAUGGAGCCAAGCUGGGGGAGAGCUGGCAGGUGGCCCACGUACCAGGCUGCUCAUCAGUCUGCCAGGGGGCAUGGUGCCAGGCCUGUUCAGACUCCCACAGGAAAGAGUACCAAGCCCAGAAGUACUGUGGUAUUAUCGCUGACAAGGCAGGGCCUUUCAGAGAUUGUCACAGUCGUGUGGACCCUGCUCCUUACCUGGAGGACUGUGUGUAUGAUGCCUGUCAUUAUCAUGGUCACAGUGGAUCAGUCUGUGAUGCUGUGGGAGUCUAUGUCUCUGCCUGUCAGAGCCAAGGAAUCACCAUCGGUUCCUGGAGAACAGACACCUUCUGUCCAAUGGUGUGCCCAGCUAACAGCCAUUAUACAUUGUGUGCCACGGGCUGCCCAGCCACCUGUGCCAGCUUACCCACCCAUGCCACCUGCCGUCGGACCUGCACAGAGACCUGCGAGUGUGACGAAGGCUACCUGCUGAGUGGGGAUACCUGUGUGCUUGUGAGAGAUUGUGGCUGCUCCUACGAUGGCCACUACUACAGGAAAGGAGACGUCUUCUAUCCCGAAAGCGAGUGUGUGGCGCAAUGCAUCUGUGGAGAGAAUGGUGCUGUGUCUUGCCAAAACACUAAGUGCCGUAAAGGGGAGACCUGUAAGCUCUUAAACGGAGUGAAAGGCUGCCACCCCGAGGGGCAAGGCAAGUGCGUGGCUUCUGGUGACCCUCAUUACACUUCCUUUGAUGGACGGAGGUUUGAUUUCCAGGGCACCUGUGUCUAUGUGUUGGCCAAGGUUUGUGAUGAUGACAAGGGCCAGCUGACACCAUUCAACGUAACUCAGGGGAAUGAGAAGUAUGGAAAUGGGAAAGUGGCUGUCACCAAGUCGGUUGCAGUGACUGUCUAUGGUUAUGUCAUUUACAUCCAGCAGAAAAUGCCUUGGAAAGUAGUUGUGGAUGAUGAACUUCUAAACCUUCCGCUCUCCCUCAACAAUGGGCUUCUCAGAGUCACCCAGGAAGGUCGCAACAUAAUUGUCCGGACAGACUUUGGACUGACAGUCCUGUACGACACUGUCUAUUACGUCGAGGUCAUCGUUCCUUCUACAUACCAGGGAAAGAUGUGUGGUCUUUGCGGCAACUACAACGAGAACGGUGGUGAUGACUUCAUGCUUCCCGGUGGCAGAAGAACGAACAGUGUCGAUGAGUUCGGGAAGGCAUGGGUGGUGGACCUGCCUGGCAAUGUGUGUGGGGGCUGUGGAGGCCAGUGUCCAGGAUGUGAGCAGGCCAAGGCCACCUUGUACAGAAAAGCAGACUCCUGUGGCAUCAUAAGUGCACCUAAUGGGCCUUUCAAAGUCUGCCACAGUAAAAUUGACCCAGCGGCAUAUGUGUCUGAUUGCGUGUUUGAUGUUUGUGCCCUGGGUGGCAACACAAAUACCAUGUGUAACAGUGUGCAGGCCUACGCUGUGGCCUGCCAGAGCGAAGGAGUGAACAUCCAGCCAUGGAGGAGCAGCUCUUUCUGCCCUGCUUCCUGCCUUCCACACAGUCACUAUGAGGUGUGUGCCGACACCUGUGGUGGGACCUGUGCCAGCUUUAUUUUCCCAUUGACUUGUUUUGAAAGCUGUUUUGAAGGGUGCCAAUGUGAUGACGGCUUUGUUUUCGAUGGCGUGCAAUGCGUUCUCUUGGACAACUGUGGAUGUGUGCACAAUGGCAAAUAUCUCAUGGUGGGCCAAGCAGUUGUGGACAAAGACUGUAAGUCCAAGUGUCUGUGCCAGGCCUCUGGGAUGGUGAAGUGUGAGAAGCUGUCAUGUGCCAGCGGGGAGGUUUGUGGCGUGAGAGAUGGCGUCCGAGGUUGCCUCGUGAAACAGGCCCACUGCGGCAUCUGCCCAGGCGGCCGCCUCACCUCCUUUGAUGGCGUGUCUGGAGCCAUCGGAGCUCAAGGGGCUUUCGAAGUGGCGUCUCUGUGUGACGAGGCCGCUGAGCGGUGGUUCCGUGUGGUGGUGGACGUCAGGGUCUGCAGUAAAGGUGCAUCCCCCGCUGUUGCCGCUGUGUAUGUGUUCUUCAAGGAAACCGGCGUCACAGUGAACAGCCAACACGAGACUUGGAUAAAUGGCAGGAAAAUGUCCCUUCCCAUCAAAGUGGCGAGUGAGAUAUCUGUCCACAUCUCAGAGAGGACUGUGAUCAUCGAGAGAGGAUCUGCUGUGAGGGUCACCUACUCGGUUUCACAGCAGGUCACCGUCAUUAUUGACAGUAGCCUGUCCGGUAAAAUGUGCGGCGCCUGUGGGAACUACAAUAACAACAGCAAAGAUGAUUUGAAGACUGCGGAUGGGAAAAUCACCACUGAUGUGUCUGUGGUUGUUGCCUCGUGGAGCGCUGGGGACUUUUCUAGAUGUGGCCUGUAAAGAUGUUGGUUCUGCGUUGAUGGGAAGCAUCUGGCAUAAACUGAGGUUGUUUCCUCUCAGAAGCAUGAACUGAUGUUUCCUCGUGAUUGAAACAGACGUACAAUGUGGCUCACAUCCCUCCUUUUUACCCCCAUUAAACAGGAUGAGGAAUGUGAAGUCGCUCAGCUAAAGUUUUCUUGUCUACAGCCGGUCUUACUCAUACUUCAAUGCUUCCCUCUUGAUUCCGAAAAACAAAGGUGUUGGUGGUUUACUGGCCAUCUGGUCCUCUAUUAUUCACUUUGGAGUGGUCGAAAAACUCUCGCUCAAUCUUGACCAACAUCUCCAUCUAGUGGAGAAGGGAAUGGUAGCAUCUCUGAAAUGUAUUUUUGCAAAACGUGUGCUUCUUACUAUUUCAACCAAUAAAUACAUUGUCAUUCCA